CAGUCUUGCUGGAUAAGCCGAACAGCGCAGUCACAGAAAUAUUUUGCCGCAAGUAGCACGUUGCUUCGAAACACGGUCACAACAAAUCGGUAGUGCAGCGAGUGCGGAACGACUGUGUGAAUCAGUUUGUUGCCAGACGCCGAGCGAGUUGGACGUAUUCCGGGAGAAUAAAAAAUUGCAUUUACGUCGAGUAGCGCUUUCCGCAUUACUUGUUGAUACACUCCUAUAGAACAAAUUGCAUUUUGCAUCUAAUUCGAAAUUAAAUUUUUCAAAUAAUCAAGUGACUGAUACAGAGAUUUUUGCGCACUUUUCACAAAAAAAACAAAUAAUAUCAAACUGAAUUCCAGUGCCAUAAAUGGUGAAAAUUGAUUUGGUGAAUUCUAUGAAGAAACAAAUCAGUGACUCUGAACUACAACAUUUUCCAGAGAACAAUCUUCCAAAUGUUAACUAAUUGAGAAUCAUUGAAGAUUCAGAGCUUUUAAAAAAAAUUAGACUUGAGUAUGGAUAGAGAAGUUUAUCCAACGAAUCCCGAUUAGAGCGCCUGGUGAAAUGAUAAGUGACCCCAACAGAUUGAUGAGAGACUUGAGAAUGGCAAUUUGACCAUUGUGAUAAAGCUUAGAAAAUAAAUUUGUUAACACAAACUUCACCGAAAAUCUUUGAGAAACUCUUAGUUUGUGCAUCAUUUGAGUUUUAUAUUUUUUUGAAGACUUUUUUGUGCAAAAAAAAUCAUGGCCCGACCCUUCUACGUUCCCGAAGAUGAUCAGGAGCAGCAAGGCUCUUCUCAGCCACCAAGUGGCUCCUCAUCAGUCACCCAGUCUCCACUUCAGAGCCCUUUGAUGGUUAACAAUGAGCAUCUGGUGCAAGCAUUCUGUGAGGCCUUGUAUCGCAUUGGAGGAGGAACUCCGGCAUUUCCGUUGCCCCCACCCAGCCCCUCAUGCAGUCCACAUGCAACCCCACAGUCCACGGCAGGGCACUACGGUGAGAUUUUCUUCCCGAGAUCCAUAUCGACACCGAGAACACCCAGAACUUACACCCAUCAACCCCUAGAGGAAGUCCACCGUGUCCCAUCGCACCCCAUCGAACAGCAACGAUUGCCAAUUAGACGAAUCCGAUUGACAUCAACUGGUGAAGAUGAAGACGACUACCCAAGCGAUCAUGAUGGUAGUUUGAAUGACUUCCAGGAGCAUUUCCAUCACCUGGAAGCUCGUGAGAGACUCACAGAGUUUCCAGGACGUGUGCCAGAUCGUAAGAAAGGCAAAUCACUCCCACCACCUCCUGCUGCCGACCCAGAGACACCAAAAGAUAAGCCAAAGGAGCAGUGCUUCAAUUGGUCUCUGGUGACUGCCCUCUUUAUUGUGGUCGGAUGCGGAAUUUUCGCUUCACGGUGAAUUUUCCGUGUAAUUCCAGAAUUUCGUGCACAGACACAAAAACAAAGCAAACGAAAAGACACAGCAAAAAUAUUAUUUUGUGACAUUUUGGAGGAAUUAAACUUCAUUUCCGUUCGAGUGGAUUCUCAACACUGCCAUUGCCGUUGAAGACACUUGGAGAGAGAGAGAAAGAUUGGUUGGCAAACAAAAUUUUUUGAGAAAAAAAAAUAUGGCUUAAAUUUCAUAAAAAAAAUAUUUCAUUACACACUCCUUUUAUUAGUAAUAAUAUAAUACUUUUUUAUAGAUAUUUCGUAAUAAUGGAAGAGAAGAUCGAAAAAUAUAUUUUGUAAGUAAUUUGAUUGAAAAAAAACAUAAUGGGAAAUUGCUAAGUAAAAUAAUAUUUGAAUAUUAGUGCAUAAUUUCGGAGGGUUUGAUGGAAAUCCUUUAACGAUACUAUUUUAUACUCUACAUGUAGCAUUAAAGUAAAUAAAAGAAAAAUAAAUGUUGUUUUAUAUUAAAUGAAAAAAAAGAUAAAUAAAAUAUGGGGGAAAAUGUGUGAGGAUAAAAGGUUUUUUUUCUGUAGUGUGUAGGACAAAACUUGUGAAAUGUAGCUUUUAAGAGAUUUAUUGUAACCCAAAGCGAUUGUGAUUUAAAAAGAAACAGCGUCAUUCAAAAGGACGUGAAAAAAAUUUUUCAUUGAAAACACAGUUCAAUUCAUCCACAUCUCAUACCGAUAAAAGUGGAAGGUUAUAUGUAGUAAGGUGAAAUCAAAAGCACAAAAAUUUCAUUAUACAUUUCCAGGAUGAUUUUUUAGUGAAUCAUAAGUUUGUUUAUCUUAUUUAUUCCAACAAUAACAAAAAAUUAAACCAUAAAACUUCUAAUACAGCGAAUAAUUAAAUUAGACUAAAUUGCAGCUAAUUCUUUUAAGUGAAACUAUUUUCUGAGAACGACAUACAUUUCAGAAAAGAACCAACAAAUCAAUCUAUUUUGAUGUGUUCAUAGCAUCAAAGCAUUUUUCUUUUAAUCAAGCAUAAAUUUAUUUUUUUUAAAUCAUUCUCAUUUAUUCCACCAAUUUUUGUUUUCAUUUUUUUUUAUUUCUACGUAGCCGCAGAAAAAGCUCAUUAAAGCGCAUUGUGAUUGAGAAAAAAAGAGUAGAACAAAAAAUCCAAGUGAGGAAAAAAGUAAUUGAGGAAAAAACGACUGAUUUACUGAAAUGAUACUGUCACGUUGUGGAUCUCUAAAAUUUACAUUGUAGUUCUAACCAUUUUCGGAGACUUGUCUUAUUGCAGGAAAUUUGUUCCACUAAAGCAUUUGAAAAUGACUUUCGACGUGAUAGAAUUUGUAACAGUUCAACUGCAUUUUUUCUAUAUUGCUAACAGAUAUCGAUUUCUUGGAAGAAAAACAAAUAUUUUUAAAAGGAAAAAAAAUAACGCAUUUUUAAAGAAUCAUUAGAUUGAUACAAAUGGCCAAAAAAAUAGAUACUUGAGAGCCCCAAAGAAUACAAUACAUAUUUUACGCAUAUUACGAAUGUGUUAUUGAUGAAAAAGAAAAAGUUUAAAAUAAAACGAAGAAAAAUUGACAACUUUGAUCUCAUAAACAUAUUUUUUUUAAACAUUUCAUUCUAGUGAAAGGGAUGUAUAGCAAUUUAAAAUGAAAGAAAAAAAUCAAUCUUAAUAACAAUUUUAUUGCGAAUAGAAACGACAAAAGUAUAAAGAAAAAUAUAAGUAAAUUUAUAUUAGUAUUUAGAAGAGUUUGAAGUUAUAAAAAAAUAAUGAGCUGCAUUGUGAUCAUAAAACAGAUGAUUGGACUACAGUGAGGUGCAUAUUGCUCGUAUUUAAAAUGUAAAAUACGAAAAAAAAUGAAUUGCAAAAAAAUUCUUAGAUACUAAAAAUUAUUCUAAUUUUAGAACUUUCUAAAAGAAUUAUAAGAAAUUCGUUCGCCAUGCAUCUCACUGUAUUUAAAAAGAAUGAUUUUGAAGCUGUGCGAAAAAGAUCAAUUACAAAUAAAUUUUGUCGAGCUUCAUUAAAUUUCUCCAUAAUAAUUUUUUUUAACAAAGUUCUUGGUCAAGCAAUAUACAUAUGUCAACGAAAACAUUCAAUUUAUUUCCGUAUACAGUGAGGCUUCAAUUAGUUAUACAAUGGUAGGUAAUGUUAUCAUUUACACCAAUUGAAGCCUUUCUGUGGUGAAAUUGCUAAAAACCUAUCGACGUGUCAAGCAAAACUUUUUAUAAAUUUCUCAGGAGAAUAUUUCAAAUACUUUCCACAGCACUAAAUAAAAUUUCUUUGUGUUCCCAAGGCAAUUGCAACAGCAACAGAAAGAGAGAGAGAGCGAAAGAUUUUAUAUACUAACAUUAUGAAAAGCAAUGUGUGUAAUAAAAGACGAGAAUAUUUCCUUUUGGGCUGUCAAUUGAAAAAAAAAAUAAUAAUACGGACGGAAAAAUCAUCGAUAUCGCAAUGUAUAUUCUUUGUAAAAUUAAGUAAUAACUUACUGCAUCAUUCUCUUAUCAAUUUAUAGAAUAAAUGUACAUUUUUUCGGCUUAUAAACUAUAAUCAAUUCGAAUUACCCUGACUGGUACUAGUGAGCUGCUGGCAUUUCUUGCAAAUUAUUGAAUAUAAAAAAACUUUCAAAAGAAAAGAAUCUCGAAAUUCUAGAUGGUCAGCAAUGAUUAUAGUUUGUACAGUUCUUCAGAGUUUUCGAAUGAUCUCUUUUGUAUUUACGGCCCUAAAGUAUGAUGUUGCAUGGAAAUGUUUAAAAAAAAAAAACAGCAAAUUUUCCUUCAUAAAAAAGAAACUGCUAAAAAAUUAUUAGGAAAAAUUUCUUCUAUGCAGCAUCAUCGUAAAUUGGCUAGCAAUUGGGCCGCUCUUUCUUGUAAAUAAUAAUACUUAGACAGUUAGUUAAUGUUUUGAUCCAUAUAAUGAAAUUAAAUUUCGCAGUUUUAUUUUGUACUAAUUUUUUGUAUUUAAUAAGGAUUACUUUGGAAUAGAUAAUUUUCCCAAACAUUUACUGCAUAAAAUCAUAUAUAAAAAUGUACUCUAACAUGGCAUUUACAUAAUAUAUUUUUAUUUUUCACAUAAACUAACCAUAUUUUUUUUAUUUUUUUUUUAUCAUCUUCAUUUUCAUAUUUGUCAUAAGUUUUCAUCCAUUGUAAUGCUCAAUCAGCCAUUUGUUUAACUGCUUAAAAAACCCCCGCUUCCGUUAUGGCAUUAUUUAAAAAUUGUUUUUAAAUUAAAAUUAACAAUAUUAUUUAAAAAAAAAAACGAAACGGUUUCAUUGUAUGCAACAAAUCGUUGUUAUACUUAACUAAGAAAAAAAGGAAAAAAAAACCUUUAAUUUUGCAUUUUGAUCUUUUGAUUUAAAUAAAUCGUACAAAAAUGUUGACUCUUGCACCAAGUGCAAAUAGAGUUGACAAUUGCACAUCAAAGGGCUGAUGAGAAAGUACAAGAUAACAAUAUUUAAGGAAAAUGUGACAAAAGAUGAAUAUUUAAUAGUGGAAAACUUAGAUAAAGAUAGUCUUGGGAGACGAUGGUGGAAGAUUUUCAUACAAAAACAAAAUCACCACAUUUUUCCGUCUCAUUGUAAAGAUUUUAAAAAUAUAUCUCUACACUAAAUAAUAAUUAUAUUUAUUUCUAAAAAACACAAACUUACUAUUCUGUGGAUGUCUUUGUCUAUACCUACCCAAAUUGUUGGAAAUUUGCAUUCAAUUUUACAAAAAAAAAUGACCAUUUUUGACAAAAAAAAUACAACAAAUUUUGCACAUUUGUGAUUCUUACAAAACUUACCGUAGCUUUGAUAAAAUACAAAAUUAUGUAAAUUUCCAACACGCUUGAACUUCUAAAUAGCCACACUCCUAUUCAAUGUAUCUUUAGAUGAAGAAAGGAGUGCGCGUUAAUCUUAUACACUACUUAUUACGAAAGAAAACAAAAAACAUAUUGAAUUAAAAAAAAACCAAUAGAAUUUUGGAAAACUUUUCUAUCUUAUGUAGAAUCAGAGUACAUUUGUAUUAAAAAUACUUUUAAUAUUCUAUAUAGAUGUCCAGAAUUUACAUGAAUCGAAUAAAUGAGAAAAAGUUCAGACAAGAAAAAACACUAAUAGUAAUUUGUAGGUAAAAUAAGGGAAAUGUCUUUUCAACGUAGAAUAUCGUAUGUCAGCAUUAAGCGUAAUAAAUGGUGAAGAAAAUUCAGAAAAAAAUCGAGAAAAAAAAUUAGUAGUAGCCAAGUAAACUUGCGAAAAUAAGCCAUAAGUUUAAUUAGGUUAAACCUAGUCUUAAUUGCCCUUCAGAGCGGGUCUGUGAUUCAUUGAUCUCAUUUUCUUACCAAUUUUUAAUUUGUUUAUUUUUUUUAAUAAUAAAACAAAAUAUCACGAGUACAUAAAUCACCCUAUUGAAUUACAAAAAAAAGAGAAAUAUUUUUGCCGUAAAUUUGGACUUUCUCUGAAUUUCUUUUCUUGAUACGAAAUCUUUUUUUAUGUAAUUAAAAAAAUUACGUGGACCAAUCGGCAAAAAUUACCCCAAAAUCGCAUUUAAAUUUCAUUGGGGGACAUCAUCGUGCAAAUAUAACUCAUUGAACAUUUCGUCAAACGACAGUAUAUUCAUAAAAACCAUAAAAGAAAUAAAGAUAAAUUGACAUUUUGUUGUAUUUUUCCACUAGAUCACAUUUUCUUACAGAGCAAAUUCCUUUUUGGUUCAUUCAUACGAGAUUGCAAAAAUAAAACAUGUAAAAAUACACCAGAAAAAUAAUCAUUUUUAUACAGAAAAAAAACCAAUAAAAUUGUUCCUAUUUCUAAAAAGAAAAGAUCAAGAUAAAAAACUAUUGAUGUGCAAGGUGUAAGACAAUGUGACCAUUUUUUCUCACUUUUCCUUCGAUUCCGAAAGAAAUGAUUGAAAAGACUCGAAAAACCACAAAAUGUUGAUAAAAUCAAUUAAUAUUUAUAAAUAUAAAUUCAAAAAUAUAUCUAUAAAUGUUAAGUAAUUAUCAAUUUAAUAUAUAUUUUUAAAUAAUGAUUUUAUUUGUUUAGUUUAAAUACUCUUCUAUGUUUCUGUUACAUUAAAAAAAAAGAAAACGAAAAUACAUGCGAGAAAAUUCUUAAACUAAAAAAAAUAAUAUAUUUCGUAAAAAUAUAAAUUUUCAGAGAAAUUGUAUAAAAAAAAAAGAGAGUAAGAAUGAAAAUGACACGAUUUAUACGACCCAAUUGGACAUUCAAUUAUUGCAUUUUUAUAUGGAAAAAAAUAGUUUAUAUUUGAAAAAAAAACGACAAAAUGUACAUAUUACUUUUUUAUAUGGAUAAAAGGAAAGACCAUAAUGUGACAUUGUCAAACGAGAUAUAUACAUUUUAAGAAUAUUUUGCAUUUGAGAAAAAAAAUUAAAGAUAAACAUACAAAACAUAAAA